CUACUAAAUGUCUUAAGAGGAAAAAAAGAUUUGGAGCAGUUAACUUUAGCACUUUGCGCAAAUCCUAAUGGUACAGAUAAAAUAAAAAUAUUUGUAAUUAGUAAGUCUUCCAACCCACUUUGCUUCAAAGGUGUCAAUCAUAAAAGACUUGGUGUUAAAUAUGAUGCAAAAGUAACACCAGAAACAAUAUGUAACUGUUUUCAAUAUACAGGAAUUCUUCCAGAUACUCAAGAUAAUGAAGAAUCCUUCAUUGAUAAUAAUGACGACGAAUUGAUAGAUGAACUUUAUUCAGAUAUUGAGGCACUUAACUUCAAAACAUUAUAUCAAUUACCCAGUGAUGAAGAAAUUUUGGAUCUGGCCACUAAUCUUGAACCUGAGAAUGAAAGUGCUGAAGAUGAUAACAGUACAGAAAUGCAUCAAAUCAGUCAUCAAGAAGUAUUAAAUGCAGUAGAAAUACUUGAACAAUAUAUUGUGCAGAAUGAUUUUAGUAAAAUAGCCCAAUUUGAACAUGAUAAAGCUUUACUGAAAUUGCAAAAAGGAAUAAGAAAGUUUCGAAUUGCAUCUUUUAAGCAAACAAGUAUUGAAACUUAUUUUGAGUUGGUUGAUUAG